CCCCCACGAGCUUGCAAUCUUUCUUUUCUCCUCUCCUCCGUCGCAUAUCGGGAGCUAGGGUUCCGGCGCGCCUCUCCCAGACGCGACGCCUGGCCAUGGAGGGAGCCGCCGCGGCCCGGAAGAGAUCCCGGCCGGAGACGGCCAACGGGGUCGCAGCCGGUGGGAAGCGCUCGAAAGAAACGGAGUCAUUUCAAACUGGUCAAUCAAGCAAAUCGAAGCCUUGCACCAAGUUUUUCAGUACCAUUGGGUGCCCUUUUGGUGAAGGAUGUCAUUUUCUCCACUUUGUCCCUGGUGGAUACCCGGCAGUUGCAAAAAUGCUCAACCUAGGCAGCCCUGCUGUAUCUGCACCAGCAAGAGCUUCUGUGGAUCAUGCUGCUGUUGCUAACUCUCAUCCAGCUUCAACGGGCAAGACACGCAUGUGCACCAAGUACAACACCGUGGAGGGUUGCAAAUUCGGUGAGAAGUGCCAUUUUGCCCAUGGCGAGAGAGAACUUGGUAGGCCAGCCUACAUGUCGCAUGAAGGCCCUCCGAUGGGUGGUCGGUAUGGAGGCCGACCUGAACCGCCUCCACCAGUUGCCAUGGGCCCUCCAGCAGGGAACUUUGGCGCCUCGGCUACUGCCAAGAUCAGUGUUGAUGCCUCCCUUGCUGGCGGCAUAAUUGGUAAGGGUGGGGUCAACACAAAGCAGAUAUGCCGAGUUGCCGGUGUCAAGCUCUCAAUCCGCGACCAUGAGUCAGAUCCAAACCUGAAGAAUAUCGAGCUGGAGGGCAAUUUCGACCAGAUCAAGCAAGCCAGCAACAUGGUGAGCGACCUCAUUGCCUCCAUCAGCGCCAGCAUGCCCCCCAAAGCCCCACCUGCGCCAGCAGGAGGCCGAGGGGGUGCCCCGGGGGGCAGGAGCAACUACAAGACGAAGCUAUGCGAGAACUUCGUGAAGGGUACCUGCACAUUCGGCGAUCGGUGCCACUUCGCCCAUGGUGAGAACGAGCAGCGGAGAGGUGCCGCUUGAGAGCUAGGCAUUGAGAUGUACAUGCAUCUUGGGCGGGCGACCCGUAUCGUCUGUCCAUUUUGCUACUGUGACUAUUCUCUUUACCGCGUUAUAGGCAUUUAGACUGUUGUAUUGCGAUUUGAAUGGAUUUAUUCAGCGCUAGAUUUCAGCCUUUUUGAGAUAUGUUUGAGAAGAAAUCGUUAAUCUGCCAUCAUGUACA